GAGGGGCAGACUGUGCUGGGUGUAGCUGAUACAGCAGCAGAACGAGGGCUUCUCCUAGGGACUGCAGCUGGAAAAGCUGUGCUAGGUUGCAGCUACCAACACUUCAGCUACACAAAAUGCGUGAGAUCGUGCACCUUCAGAUUGGCCAGUGUGGAAACCAAAUUGGAGCUAAGUUCUGGGAGGUGAUAAGUGAUGAACAUGGAAUUGAUAUUGCUGGAAACUACCAUGGGAAUGCAUCGCUGCAGCUUGAGCGAAUUAACGUGUACUUCAAUGAGGCUUAUUCCCAUAAAUAUGUGCCCCGUUCUAUCUUGGUGGACCUGGAGCCUGGUACAAUGGACAGUGUACGAUCUAGCAAAAUUGGCCCACUAUUUCGACCUGACAAUUUUAUUCAUGGUAAUUCAGGUGCUGGAAACAACUGGGCUAAGGGCCAUUACACAGAAGGAGCUGAACUGAUUGAAAAUGUCAUGGAUGUGGUCAGGAACGAGUGUGAGAGCUGUGACUGCCUGCAGGGAUUCCAGCUCAUCCAUUCUCUUGGGGGUGGUACGGGCUCAGGUAUGGGCACGCUCCUCAUCAACAAAAUCAGAGAAGAAUAUCCCGACAGAAUUAUGAACACUUUCAGCGUUGUUCCUUCACCCAAAGUAUCUGACACAGUUGUAGAGCCCUAUAAUGCCAUCCUCUCCAUCCAUCAACUAAUAGAGAACACAGAUGAAACCUUUUGCAUCGACAACGAAGCACUAUAUGAUAUAUGUUUUAGAACUUUAAAGCUCACCAAUCCCACCUAUGGUGACCUCAAUCACUUGGUGUCCCUAACAAUGAGCGGUGUUACAACCUCACUCCGUUUUCCUGGUCAGCUGAAUGCAGAUCUGAGGAAGCUGGCUGUUAACAUGGUGCCCUUUCCUCGCCUGCAUUUCUUUAUGCCAGGCUUUGCUCCUCUAACAGCACGAGGUAGCCAGCAGUACAGAGCCCUCUCAGUGCCAGAGCUUACUCAACAGAUGUUUGAUGCACGCAACAUGAUGGCAGCCUGCGACCCCCGUCGUGGGCGUUAUUUGACUGUGGCAUGCAUCUUCAGGGGCCGAAUGUCUACCAGAGAAGUGGAUGAACAGUUACUGUCUGUCCAGACCAAGAACAGCUCCUACUUUGUGGAGUGGAUCCCUAAUAAUGUCAAAGUGGCUGUGUGUGACAUACCACCGCGAGGACUGAAGAUGGCAGCUACCUUCAUUGGCAAUAACACGGCCAUUCAGGAGCUCUUCAUCAGGGUUUCUGAACAGUUUUCAGCUAUGUUCAGAAGAAAAGCGUUUCUCCAUUGGUACACUGGAGAAGGCAUGGAUGAGAUGGAGUUUUCUGAAGCAGAGGGAAACACCAAUGACCUUGUUUCUGAGUACCAGCAGUACCAAGAUGCCACUGCAGAUGUUGAGGAAUACGAAGAAGUGGAAGCUAGCCCAGAAAAGGAAACAUAAAAACAAUGGCAGUAUAAAACAUUCUCCAAGUAAGCCUGUUGUCAGUCACUAAAGGAAAAGCACCAGCCACAAGCCACGUAACAAAAAUAACACCUUCCUUAAGAUUAUUUUCCUCUCCAAAGUUACAAUACAGUGCUUUUGAAAUUAACAGCAGGUAUGCUCUACUUUCCUGUCUACACUAAAUCACUCCCAGAAAUGAUCCACUAUGAAGACAGGUUCCCUCCUAACAGUCUUGUAAAUGUAUUCCCUUGUGGAAUAUUAUUGCUAGAUAUACAAUAUACAGCCUGUGUGUGUGUAUUAGGAUCACAAGCAAUUGCAAAAGAUGUUAUAAACUUGUCAGAUUUACUUAUUUUCAGGUAACCACAGUCCAUGUUCUGCUUGUGAACUUGCUGCUGUGUUGGGAACACACACGUGUAGGGUCUAUAAAGGCAGCAUGCCAUCAUGCACUCUAGAGAUGGAUCUAGAGCUGCAGACAAUUUCAGUUCCUUUACCAGCAGAAUGAAGGGGAAAAACAAAAGACUAAAUAUUCACUUUUUUAAAAUUUUGUUAAGAGGAUGUAUUUUAAUAGUUCUGUCACAUUGCUGGUUUGCAUUACUGCAGAGCUUGUACUCAUUUUGUGGCUUAUUUCAAUUUCAAACUAUAGCUUCAGUUACACUAGCAUACCAAGUUGUAAACAGUUUAACAGUUUUGGUGUGGUGUUUUGGUUUUUGUUUCCCUCCUAUGUAGUAACUAUUGUAAAUUUUCUUCCUAUCACUCAGUACAGCAACAGAUGGAAUGGUUUGCAGCUAAAUAAGAGAAGUAAAUUCAAUGUCAAUCACUAAAUAAGAAAAAUACCUUGAGGAAGAAAAAUAUGCCUUUCACAGCCAUCUACUUAACACUGCAUUUAUAACAUUCCUUGAAAUAAAAAUAUAUAGCAUUCUGUAAAAUACUUUAACACUUGAAAAAUUUAGUAGGCAAAAAUCAUGGUUUAUAAUGACUAACAUGCACUUAAAAAUUCUCACUUGAAAAAAAAAAAAAGCUUGUUUUACUGUUCUCCCAGAAGAGAUUUUGUUAUACUCUGAAGAAAGCCAUGCCUCAUGUUUCAGUCUUUUGUAUUAUAGUCAGCAGUAGAAGCAUCUCAGUAAACACAAAUCUGAAGCCA